AUGAGCGGGCCCGAUGUGCUAUUUCCGCUGCGGAACAACUUCUACCUCGGGGCAUUCCAGGCCGCCAUCAACGAGAGCAACGUCCGGGGCUUGGGCGACUCCGAUGCCGUGGAGAAGGAUAGCUUCGUGUACCGCUCUUAUAUUGCGCUCGGACAGCAUCAGCUAGUCAUCGAUGAAAUUAGUGAUGCUGCUCCAACUGCGCUUCAAGCCGUUAAACUCCUCGCAUUGUAUCUAUCAGGAGGAGCUCAAAAGGACAAGGCUCUGUCCGGCUUGUCGGAGUGGUUAUCCGAUUCGGCUGUUUCAAGCAACCCUACGCUGUUGCUCAUCGCCGGAAUGAUCAACACACAUGAACAAAACUACAACGAAGCUCUUAAGUACACACACGUUGGUGGCACUCUUGAUUUGUGUGCACUUAAUGUCCAGAUCUACUUGAAGAUGCACCGCCCAGAUUAUGCAGAGAAGCAACUGAAAAUUAUGCAGCAAAUUGAUGAAGAUCACACUCUUACUCAGUUAGCAAAUGCUUGGGUCAAUCUCUCUUUGGGUGGCGCGAAGGUCCAAGAAGCAUACUACAUCUUCCAAGAGCUGUGUGAAAAAUAUACACGCACUGUUAUGCUGAUGAAUGGUAGCGCUGUUUGUCAAAUGCACAUGGGUCAAUUUGAUGAAGCCGAGUCUCUCCUUCUGGAGGCCCUGAACAAGGAUUCGAAGGACGCCAACACCCUCGCUAAUCUCAUCGUGUGCAGUCUCCACUUGAGCAAGCCAACUGCACGAUAUUUGAGUCAGUUGAAGAUAACACAUCCGAACCAUGUGCUUGUGGAGCGUGCUGCUGCCGGUGAAGCUGCAUUCGAAAGAGCUGUUCAAAGUGUUUCAUAAGAUGAUGCUCAACUGACGGAUCAACGAAACUUGCUUUGCCGUCUUUUUGGCGAGCACCAUUCAAGGACACAUGAGUUGCACUCUUCAAUUUGUGGUCGUCGUGUAGCCAAUCAAUUUCAUCUUAAUUGGGAACUUGUUAGUUCACCAGUUUCAGCUUUCGGUGAUGCGCUCAUGCAUCAUUGAUCAGGGAUUAGGUACUCCGUUUUCAGAUUAGUCAUAGCCAGUUCUACCACACCCCAAGCUCUAUGUUCCUAAGUCUUUUUAGGUCACCUACCCGGCGUUCUUACAGCUCUAGUUUCAAAUUUCAUUUAUUUAAGCUACUUCUUAAAUAUUCUGGAAGCAUACAUGCGUGUGUUAUUCCAGUCGGACUAGGAAUAACAGUUUUUUUUUUUUUUUUUUUUUCACAAAACAUUUGCCUCUAUCAACUCUUUUGGAAGUAUCUAUGCUAAGUUUUGAGGAUACUUGGACACUACUCGGAACGGGGUUUUUCGCAUGGUGAUGAGGUCUAGUAGGUUCACAGAUCGCUGGGUCAGCCAUCGCCUCCGUCUUGUCGCGACCUCUAGCCUUAAGUUCGAGCUUGGAUUUAUACCCAGUCGACACCUGCAAUCCCACAUGUACGCAGACGUUGCCGUUUUGCAACAGCGUUGGAUCUCUCUUUCACGGCCAGAUCCUGGGAAUUGAGAUGACUGUGCCCCUCGUUGAAGAAUCGGUAGAGUUAAAUCAGAAAAACCAACCUAUUCUGAACGAUUCA